UGAAAAAACCGAUUUCGUUCGUUGAGUUAACGCGCCAAAAAAUCUUGCUGUUUUUCACAAAUGUUUCAUUCAAAACGCAACCAAGUGCUAGUAUUACGCUUAUUACAGUGAAAUUAUUUUAUUCCCAAUAGUUCAAUUACACAAAAAAAUAUUGAUCUGUCCCUUGUAAGCAUGUCUUCGACCACAAUUCGCGGUAUCCCCGUCAACUUCCCUUGCACCCCCUACGACAUCCAAGUCAACUACAUGGAAAAAGUGAUCGAGUGUCUCCAAAAUCGCCAAAAUGGGGUUUUGGAGUCCCCCACCGGCACCGGCAAGACCCUCUCCCUCCUCUGCGCCUCUCUCGCCUGGCUUGAAGUGAAAAAAGCCCAAGUGCAAGCCCACCGACUCACCACAAACGAAUCAACCGAUUUUCUCAAAGAUUUGAACAGUGUAGCUGGGGGGCAAAGCACCCGCGGUUUCUUGGGCAUGCCUACCAUUAUUUACGCCUCUAGGACGCACUCACAACUGUCCCAAGCCAUGCAAGAGUUGAAACGAACGAAUUACAACCACAUGAAAGCGACAGUUUUGGGGUCAAGGGAGCAAAUGUGUGUGCACCAGGAGGUGCUCAAGGAAAAGAACAGCGCCAUGAAGGUGCACUUGUGUCGGUUGAAAGUGAGGGAGCGGUCGUGUCAUUAUUACAAUAAAGUUGAACGGAAAAAGGAAGAUCCCGCGAUUUCGCAAUUAAAUAUUGUGGACAUUGAAGAUUUGGUUAAGUUGGGGCAAAGCCACAAAUUCUGCCCCUAUUACAUGGCCAAGGAAUUGAAGCAAAACGCCGAUAUUGUUUUCACGCCUUAUAAUUACUUACUUGACCCCAAAGCCAGGAAAGCUUUGGGUCUAGAAUUAGCCAAUAAUGUUAUUAUUUUGGACGAGGGCCACAAUAUUGAGAAAAUCUGUGAAGACUCGGCCAGUAUUCAGAUAAAAUCGGCUGAUAUCGCGCUUUGUAUUGACGAGGUCACUGGUGUUAUGAGGGCCUUAAGUGACGAAACGAUACUCGAUUUUAACGAUAAAGAAGUCCCGAAAGACUUCACCCCUGAUGAGCUUUGCAUACUUAAAGAAAUUUUCCUAAACUUUGAAAAAGUCCUCGAUGAGAUUGAGGUCAAGGCGGGGGCGCCCGAAGGCACGUACUUUGAGGGCAGCUAUAUUUUUGAAAUGUUUAACAAGGCUGGGAUUAACGAUGGCAAUUACAAUUCGGUCCUUUCUGUGAUGGACAAAAUAAUACAGUUUUUGGCGUCUGGAAACGAGGGGCCCUUUGCCCGGAAAGGGGUCGGCUUGCAGUUAUUUUCCGAUUUGUUAACAAUCGCAUUUUCAAGCGUCAGCCCCCAGUUUAAGGAAAAAAUAAAAAGGUGUUACAAGGUCCACAUUGCCGUUGAAGAGGGUAAGAAAAAAGCGGCAGAUGACUGGUUGUCGAAAGCAACUCUCAAAACUCGCUCGCGUGUUCUCAGCUAUUGGUGCUUCAGUCCCGGUUUUGGGAUGAACAUGUUGCUGGACCAAGGUGUCCACUGUGUCAUUCUAACAAGUGGCACUUUGGCCCCCUUAAAGCCCCUAAUUUCGGAACUAGAGCUAAACGUCGGCGUCCGUAUUGAAAACCCCCACAUUGUUAAAGGCGACCAAGUUUGUGUUAAAAUUCUAACUAAAGGACCCGAUGGCGAACCCCUCAACUGUAAUUACCAAAACCGCGACAAUCCGAAUUAUUUAAUGUCGCUAGGACAAGUCGUAUUGAAUUUAAUCCGAAUUAUUCCACACGGAGUUCUAAUUUUUUUCCCGUCUUAUCCGAUUAUGCAAAAGUGCCAACAAUACUGGCAGGAGUCGGGUAUUUGGGACGGAAUAAAUAAAAUCAAAGCGAUUUUUGUCGAACCUAAAGACAAAAACUCGUUCACUUUCGCCAUGUCUGAGUACUAUUCGAAAGUCAAAGACCCGAAUUACAAGGGGGCUAUUUUUAUGGGGGUGUGUCGGGGCAAAGUCUCCGAAGGGUUAGAUUUCGCUGAUAGUAACGGCCGGGCUGUUUUUAUCAUAGGCUUACCGUACCCGCCUCUCAAGGACCCCAAAAUUAUCCUGAAAAAACGGUACUUGGACGUGUGCAAUGCCAAGGACAAGGAGUAUCUGAAGGGUGACGACUGGUACAGCUUGGAAGCCACCCGUGCCAUAAACCAGGCCAUAGGCCGAGUCAUUCGCCAUAAAAACGAUUACGGCGCCAUAAUUCUCCUCGAUUCGCGUUUCACAAACCCUCGAAUCCAAGGCAAUCUCUCACUAUGGCUCAAAAAACACAUCAAAAUUAUGCAAAAUUUCGGAGCCUUGACGCGUGAUCUCCGAUUAUUUUUCCAAAAUGCUCAAUCAAAGUUGCCUGCGCCCAAACUCAGGGAUGAAAAUAUUACGCCAAAUGAAGGGGUGACAACAAGGGUUGGUAAUUUUAAUUUUAGUUCGAGUUCAGGUUCAUUAACUCCCGCUGGAAGUAGCGGAUUGGUGAAUAUUCAUAAACGAAAAACAACGGAGAGUGAAAAUCCAGUUAAAAAAAUGAAAAUUACUGUGAUAGCUAACCGGAAAAGUGAUAAGCCAGUGGAGGCUUCAAUUUCGGAAUAUAUUAUUAUGGUAAAAAAGACUCUAAGUCCGGAAUAUUUUAAGCAAUUUAUUAAUUUACUGGCGAUUUAUCGAGCUAAUUGCGAUUUCAACGGACUUCAAACAGGUCUUGAUGAGAUUUUUGCUACGCGCCAUCAUUUAAGAUAUAUCAUCAGGGGGUUGGAGCCCUACAUUAAGGAUGAACACAAGAGUGCAUUUAAUGUAUAUUGUGACGGUUAAUUACGUUAUUUAUUAAAGACAUUUUGCCAAA